AUGCAACCACGGAUACUGCCGCUGUCUGAAGAUGCAAUCUCGCAACUACACUCUUCCAAGCAGAUCACGAGCUUGCCGGGCGUGGUGCUCGCCUUGGUCACCAAUGCCCUGGAUGCAGAUGCAACCAAAGUAGACAUCUCCGUAAGCUUCGUACGAGGAAGCUGUACCGUCGAAGACAAUGGCUGCGGGAUUCCAUCUGCAGAGUUCGCCGAGCAUGGCGGCCUCGGUAAAAUGCACCACACGUCCAAAGCGACGGCCGAGCAUGCCCUCCAUGGCAACACCGGCACGUAUCUUGCAUCACUCGCAGCGCUUUCACUGAUCGGCCUCACGUCGCGGCAUGUCGACGAAGACCUGAGUGCGACUUUGACUAUGUAUCAGGGACGAGUCAUCGCACGUCAAUACCCUUCAUCGACCGCGAACGAGCUGGCUGCUUUUGGCACUCACGGCACUCGCGUUACUGUUGACGAUCUCUUUGGCAACAUGCCGGUACGUAUCAAGCAACGAUCCUUGAACAAUGCCCAGGGAGCCAGUACAGAUGAGAGGUCCUGGCUGGAGCUGAAAUGCGACAUUGCAGCGCUGUUGCUUGCUUGGAAGUUGCCUUGCUCUGUCAAAAUUCGAGAUCGCGAAAGCCAGAGCAGGAACGUUACCCUCUCUGGAAAUCAUUCUACCGUGUCCUCUGCCCUCACCGAACGGAACAUAAACACGCUUCAUGGCAAGGCUGUUCGAUAUGACCUUCGGGACGCCUUUCCCGUACUUUUACAAGCAGGGCUAGCUCCUCUUGACAGUCGACCACAUUGGAUACCGAUCUCAGCUUCUACCUCGAAGGUCUCAUGCCGUGGCCUGAUCUGCCUCGAUCCAUCACCAACGCGCCUCUGCCAGUUUAUUAGCAUUGGCGUACACCCGUGCUCGUCUACAAGCGGCCACAGUGCGCUGUACGAAGCCGUCAGCAAGCUCUUUUCGAACAGCAGUUUUGGCACUGUUGACAGCCAUAUCCAACCUGAAGGCGAAGAACGAUCCCGAUCUUUGCAGUCGCCUAAGGGCUAUGCGCAAAGGCAAACUCGCACCAGUAAAAGUGUCGACCGCUGGCCCAUGUAUGUCUUGCAGCUGUCGUUGAAAGACCAGGGAGACAAGCUGGCACGUGGUCCAAAUGAUCAUCAGCUUGAGCAUGUUGUGAAUGUUCUCGAGGCUAUGAUCUAUCAAUGGCUAAGUGCGCAUCAUUUCCGACCACGACAGAACCGUGCACGGAAGCCAAAUGCUCUCGUGCCUAAUCGAGCUGGCUCUGGCCACCGUUCAACAUCUUUGCCCUUUGAAAGACCUCGUUCCGACGGCGAAUCCGCCAUGAAAAGGCAGCGCACUGCAAACACACUGGUCGAUGACGAUGUCUUGGACGAAGCUUUGCAUCCGCAGCAGAGAAAGGCUGCGACUAUCGAACAUUUGAGCCGGAUCAGGGGUGGAAAAGGGAACACUACACCUUUAAGAAGGAGUAGCACCAGAUCGGUCCGAAGUCCAAGCGCUGCCACAAGCACUCACUUUGCAAUGCCCGCGCUGGAACCCGGCUCGUUAAGUGCGCUUUACAGGACCACAAAGCCCCACAGAAAUUCUCCUACCAAAGAACGGUCGAGCAAUGUGCCUGCCUUCAUACAAGGAGGCGCCAGUGAUGACUUCGGGAGCAUCAGCGAUUCGGAUCUACUGGAAGCUGCACGGAACACUGCCCAUGACGAUUUGCUUGAUGGAGAUAGUGCGACGGGGAAUACCAUGUCAAGCCGCGACGAUGUCGCGGAAUGGAAAGACCCGAUCACCAGGGAGACCUAUCUGAUCAACUCACGUACGGGUAUUGUCCUACCAACAGAAGCUCGGCCUGGCACUGGCGUUAGCGUUGCUGGAGCCUCGGAGAGAAAACGACCCGCUACGACAUCCAUCGCAAUGACUGCUGCUGGAAGACCGCUGACGAUCAAUGGUCGUGCGUCUUCUGCCAACGCAACCGCGGCCCACUACGCCGUUCCGGCAUUCCUGGAAGACUGGGAGAAUCCUGUUUUCGCGCGGCAAGUAGAGCAGAGUAUACCACUUGCCUCGAUUCUUGGCCCAGGGUUGGAGGUGUCGGACUCGACAGGAAAAUGUUGCUCGAACAACGCCUCAGAAUACUUUGCGGCACCCGGUAGCGGUACAGAAAGCAAGCUGUCCAAGGCGAUCUUUCAAAAUUCGAAGGUCAUUAGUCAAGUUGAUGCCAAGUUCAUCUUAUGCUCCAUGCCUACCCUAGACAGCAGCUCCAAAACCCUGGUUCUUGUUGAUCAGCACGCUGCCUCCGAGCGGGUAAUUCUCGAAUCACUACUCGCAGAUCUCUACACCCCGAUUGAUACGAAUUCACCCACCGCAAGACUCCCUCACGCCGAACGAAAGCGACUUACUACGCGCGCAAGCACCACUCUUCGCACAGCACGGCAUCCUCUACGACCUGCACGCCACUACACAAAGUCGAACCCACCACACCCUCUCAGCCAGAGCUCUGCCUCCCGGGAUAGCAGAACGUUGCAAACUCUUCCCGAAACUGCUCAUCGACCUCCUCCGCUCCGAGAUCUGGUCGGCUGUCAUGUUCAACGAUGUGCUGAGCGUGUCAGAGUGCGCGGACCUCGUCGAGCGGUUGGGGAAGUGCGCGUUUCCGUUCAUGUGUGCGCAUGGGAGGCAGGCGAGGAUGCGGCGAGAGCGGGCUAUGUGGAUGCCUGGAAGAUGUGGAAACCGGAAUGA